CUACAGCUCGUUCCUUCCCUCCUUCACUUCCCUUUCCUCAUCCUUUGAAGGCGUCUUCUCCCUUGACCAUUUCUUAUUCUGGGCUCGGUUCAACAAUACCUUUUCAAUAAUCGUGCUCUCUCUUUUUUCCUGGGUAGCUUUGUUUAUCCGUUCCCAUUUAGUGGGAACUCCCAUGGGCUUAUAUCACCUUUGGCAAUGUCGCAACAAGUCCCUCCCGAUGCAGAACCACCGAGUUUGAUCCCUCUACAAGGUGCCCAUAAGGCCUUGGUCGAGCAAGAUCCUACUCCUGUGGCUGGAAAUGCGGCGGUUCCUUCUCAGACAGUCCGAGACCCCUACCCUCCACUCAGGCCUGCGAGCAUCACGCUACUCAGUUCGUCCUCGUCUCUUAUCUGAAACCUCUGCAUAAAUUCUGAUCAUUAUCAGCGAUCGGUGGAGGGAUAGGCACGGGAUUGAUGAUUGGAAGCAGCAGUGCUCUUUCAGAAGCUGGACCUGCAUCGAUUCUUAUUGCGUAUACUGCCAUCGGAUUUAUUGUGUAUUUGGUGAUGUGCGCCCUCGGCGAGAUGUGCGCCUGGCUGCCUGUAUCUCCCACUCUUACUGACCACGCGGUCCGCUUCUGCCACCCUGCUCUGGGUUUCACGUUAGGAUGGAUGCUUUGGCUCAAGUACGCGAUAGUGACUCCCAACCAGCUUACCGCCGGUGCUUUGGUCAUGGCAUAUUGGGUUGACCCUAGUGCUAUCAACCCUGCGAUUUGGAUUGUCUUUUUUUGGGCAGCGAUCAUUCUCAUCAACUACUAUAGUCUCAGGUUCAUUGCCAAUUUCGAGUGCUGGGUGUCCUUGUUCAAAAUCAUCAUUCUAAUAGGACUAAUCAUCUUGUCUUUGGUUCUCGCUCUCGGCGGAGGACCGAACCAUGAUCGCACGGGGUUCCGGUAUUGGGGGGAGCCUGGAGCCUUUGCCACAAACUCGUCCACUGGAGGACGCAUCUUCCUCGCAAUCUGGAGCGCAAUGUCGUCUGCCACUUUUUCUUACAUGGGUACAGAAGUGAUCGGGCUGACAGUCAGCCAAGGUCCAAAUACCCUUCCACGGGCCAUUCGGCUGAUUUUCUGCCGAAUCAUGGUGUUCUACAUUCUCACCAUCACCCUACUCGGCAUGGUUAUUCCGUAUGACUCCCAGGAAAUAGCUUUUGCUUCGAGGGCUUCUCAGACAUCAGCAGCAUCAGCCUUUGUUGUGGCGAUUAGGAUUGCCGGUAUUCAAGUUCUGCCAGACUUCCUCAACGCCUGUAUCUUGUGUUUUGUCUUCUCGUCUGCAGACUAUGAUCUCUACAUGGCGACCAAGCUCCUUUAUGGCCUCUCCAAGGAGAAGAAAGCCCCUCUGUUUUUCAUGGCGCUUGACAGGAGAGAGGUACCCAUCAAUGCCUUGGGCGUCUGCUCGCUGAUUGCCGCAACCGCUUUCGCGAAUGUUUCUAGCGACACCAAGUUGGUGUACACGUAUUUUGUGAACGUUGUCACCAUCCUCGGGCUCCUGACUUGGAUGUCGAUUCUCAUGACGCAUAUCUCGUUUGUGCGCGCCAGGACUGUCCAGAAAGUGCCCGAUGAGGCUCUGGCCUACAAGGCGCCAUUCGGGUCGGCGGGUUCCCACAUCGCACUGGCUCUGUGUGGCUUUCUUUCCCUCACCAAGGGACUCGAUAGCUUCAAAGGGGGCUUCAACUGGGUGGCGUUCACCACAUCGUAUAUUGGGAUUCCCCUGUUCUCGACGUUGUUCUUACUCCACAAGACCAAGACCAGCUGCAAAUCUGUCCCGCCCGAGCAAGCUGAUUUGUGGACGGAUAAGAAGCAACCCCCCCCGGACAGGGAGAAGCCAUGUUCAUAUCCUCGAAGCAAUCGGUUGAGGAACGCUAUUGCGAUGUUGCGCCUAUGAAUUUUGUUUUCAUUUUAAACUAGCCAGCUUAUAGAUAAGCAAAGCAGUCAGGACCAGUAGUUCUUUACUACCCUCGAGUUUGGUUCGAGAGAGCCAAAUGAUGGCAUUCAAGGAAUUAAUGGAGAGGCAGUAGUCAACAUUAAAUAAAUAGAUCGGACUGGCUGGCUACUAGUUGGAGUAUGGCUUUUUAUUCUUUUCUAUAACUACCAGCCCCCUCCAUAGCAACAAAGGGCAAAUAUUCGUCUAGCGUGAGUCGUCUGUUCGAGACCUGCAGUCUGUCACAUCCGUAUCU